CGGAAAAUGGAGAUUGGGCUGCUGUUGUUCUAAAAGAUUUCUGAAACUGGACUUUUUUAAGGCUUGAAAAAGGCCAUCUGUAAUGUCGUAUGCGCAGUUUGGAUAUGCUGCCUUCACACCUACCACGCAGCUGAUGGUGGGCAGCGGCGGCAGCAGCACCAGCUCCGUGGUGUCCUCCCCUUGCUGUGGAGAUGCGCCGGGCCGCGCUGCCUCCUCCGAAUCCCCGUCCGUGUGUUCCCUGCCCGCCACCUACGACUCUCGUCUGCUCGCCCCCUACCACCCGAGGCUCUACGACCACCAAGCUGCCUACCCCAACUUCGCGCCGGGAGUCGAGUCGUCCGCCUUCUACCCUUCCCUGAGCACGGCUUAUGGUAUGAAAGACGCCGGGGAUCCAUGGAGAGGAAUAGCUCCGUCAGCUUCAUACUACUAUGAUCCUAGUCUUGCAGCAUAUGGGUAUGGCGGUCUAGAUUUUAAUGGUGCUAGACGGAAAAACGUAACUCGGGACUCAACGAGCACAUUGAAAGCGUGGCUGAACGAGCACAGGAAGAACCCUUACCCUACAAAGGGAGAGAAAAUCAUGUUGGCGAUCAUCACCAAAAUGACUCUUACACAGGUGUCGACGUGGUUUGCAAACGCGCGUCGAAGGCUAAAAAAGGAAAACAAGAUGACUUGGGAGCCCCGAAACAAGAUGGAUGCCGACGACGUUAAAGAUUACGAUGACGACGAUGAUAAUGACGAGGACGCUUUAGACAGCAAGAAAGGAAGGGGCGAGAGGGCGGAGCAGGAGUCGAGGACGACACGAUGCGAGAGUGAGGACGAGGGGGAGAGGCGAGUGACAUCAUGUGACGGAGACACAAUUGACAGCGGAAUUCAUUAUACGUCCGCUAACCAGUUGACUGGCCGCACCCCUUAUCACUUGCUUCAGCAACAUCGUGAUAAAUUAACCAAUGUAGUGUCUCAAGGCACUGUUGACAGUGAACCAAGGGACCCUCUGUUACCAUCGUCGGAAUUCACCCCAACGGACAGUUCAUCUUCACCGAACUUGCCAGACAUACAAGCUCUCAUGCGAAGCUCUCCCAUCGAGUCAAAUAAAGAUAGAUCGAGUUCCCACGUUGACCCUUCAAAGAGUGGGAAUGUGCCACCAGAAGAUGUGGAUCGGUCGAGCAAUAAACCAAAAAUUUGGUCACUAGCUGACACAGCCACCAGCAAGAGUCCUCCGCCACCACUGUCACAAGAAGCUUCCUCUGGAGGCAUGAUGGACAUGUUGGGACAUUGUGGUUGGUUCUCAGUCAACCCGUACCAGGUUACUGCCAAUGCUUCUUCUGGAUUCAGUGGUUAUCACACCACUGCAGCUCUUCACGGUGGACACGGGAGUUCUUGCUCAUCCGGUCAGGGCUUCGUUCCUCCGCAAACAGACACCCCACCUCAAACGCCUCCAAACAUGAAAGUUUCUUCGACACUUGGGACGACUGGAUAUAUCAAUGGAGCAGGCUCUCACCUUUACCAGUCAACAUCUGGAGUCAAUCUCAACUCUACAGUGCAAGGAAGCAAGACUGGUGGUAGUUAUUCUUUGUCAAAUCAUGGACGAAAUUACCGUCAAGAAUCGGCGCCCUGAGGAUUAUUCCACGACAGGACAUUUUCGAUCGACGAGUUUGCAAUAAUUAACUCAUCAUUUGAGUCGACAAAACAUUUUCCGAGCUUCCAACCAUGAAGCCAGUUUCAAACGACUUUUGAACUGGAGGUGUAGAGACAAUGACUCAAAGGAGUAAGAUAAAAUUCAUCCAACCCCGGUUUCUGCAAUUUCCUCCUCUUAGGAGAUUAAAAACUAAACCAGUGUGUUUAAUUGUAAAAAGAAAAAGCAUUUUCCCCAUUGCAACUAAAACCAGAUACAAGGAUAUUUCAUCGUUCUUCUUGUAGCUACCCCCACUCUGUAAAUAUGUCCGAAUGGUGUUGUUGCACUCAAUUUAAGCAGAUGAUUUCAACUUAAAAAUAAGAAUUUACUAAGGUUAAUGAAAUACUUCAUCUUUUGAAUAAGGACUCAACAACUGCAAGAUAUCUUACAUUUGACAGAAUAUCAAAGAAAUUUUUAUAACCACUUCGCAAUAUUUGAGCUGUUGAGAGCAAAAGUGGUGUAGGUCCUCAAACAAGGCAAAAAGAAAUUUUUAUAACCACUUCGCAAUAUUUGAGCUGUUGAGAGCAAAAGUGGUGUAGGUCCAUCAAACAAGGCAAUUGAACGAUUUAGUAUCCGCUUUUGCAAAAAAAAAAAAUCUGCUUUUUUGUUUCAAGAUUACCAUUUAUCGGCAAAUGAUUGAACACACAGACUUACACCACUUUUGCAUUUAAUAGAAUGAGGUUAAAACUAAUUUAUGACAGUGGAAGUACAAAUUAUAAAAAAAAAUUGACUUACACCACUUUUGUAUGAGGCAGAAUGAGGUUAAAAUGAAUUUCUGAUGGUGAAAAUAAAUUAAAAAAAAAAAAAAAAAUUGACCUACACCACUUUUGCACGAAGUAGAAUGAGGUUAAAACUAACUGCUGAUGGUGAAAAUAAUUUAUGAAAUAUUGACUUACACUGCUUUUUCCUGAAGUAGAAUCAGGUUAAAACAAAUCUCUGAUGAUUAAAAUACAAAUUGUAAAGAAAUUGACAUGCAACACUUUUGUUCUCAACGGCUCGUUUUAUCAAAUCAUACACCAAAUUGAUCGUUAGCUAAUACGACAUCUAUACCAUUAGUUCAUGGACUUUUUACAAGAGUGCUACAGCAAAAACUGUCUCAGAUUGUGUUAGAUAAAAUGUCUGCACUAAAUGCUCACGGUUUGAAGGGAGCUUAAACUAGUUUUAGAAUGAUUUGUAAUACCUUUAAAAUCUGAAGAUAGAUAGUGACAAAGUUUUCCAAUCGCUGCUUGUAUUGUUAUUUUAAAAACAUGCGUACACAGCAUACUGUGUACGGAAAUAUUAGUUCCAACUGUAAUUCCUUCAGCAGCCUGCUCUUGUGUUCCAGAAUCUGCUGAUUAAGUUGGCAAGUAAACUCACCUCAGGUUAACUGGUUUAGCUCUGAUUUUCAACAAAAUCUUCUCUCCUUUUUGCUUCUAGUUUAACCUUUCACUAGUAGGAAGUUAUAUAGCAGUUAAAAAUAUAAGUUACGAUUGAAAGCGCGUGAAUACAAAUUAUUAUUAAAUAGUACCUUUUUAACUGAUGCUGUAACAAAAUGUAGAAACAAAUUCAAGAAUCAUAAGUGUUACGUUUUUUCGAGUAAUAACUAAUUAGAUGAAC